CUAUGAGGUCUUGCGAUUGAGAUAUUGACAAGACCUUUUCGACUUACACAAGAUUCAAGCAUCGCGUCGUGUGAAUCAGUCAGGCAACUGAUGCAUUUGAGGUUUCCAACCACCACGACACUCUUCCUCAGACCUUCUUCCACUCGAACCUCGUCGCCCCUCAUUAGGAGUUUCGUUCACAGAAAAUCAGCAGUGUACUACACCACGAAUCCACAAGAAACCAACAGCAUCAACAUGUCCAAAUCCAAGGGACACGUCGUUGUUAUCGGCGCCGGCGUAAUCGGCCUCUCCUCCGCCCUUGCCCUCCUCGAAGCCAACUACACCACCACCAUCCUCGCCAAAGACCUUCCCGCCCCGUUCGAGUCCAUCGACCCCCGUGCCCAAAUCAACUUCACCUCCCCCUGGGGCGGCGCCCACAACCGCUGGGUGCCCCCCUUCCCUUCCCCUUCCCCCUCUUCCUCCUCCUCACCCCCUUUGACUCCAACCCAACAAGCCGAACACGCCCUCCGCGCCCGCGAACACGCUUUGUCUUUAUCCACCUUCCACCGCCUGAAACUCCUCCAGGGCCAAGGCCAAGAUCAACAAGCAGGCAUCACCUUCCUCCGCGGAAUCGAAUACCUCGAGUCCCCCGGACCGGAAUACACCUCCCUCACCCCCCAACGGGCCGCGUCACAAGAGCUAGGCCUGCCGGGACCCUUCCGCGUUCUGGAGUCUCACGAGUUUCCCGACGAGAAAGUAAAAUGGGGAUGUGAGUACGACACCUGGUGCGUCAACCCGAUGCAAUACUGCUUGUUCCUUUUGGGGCAGAUCAUCGCGCGCGGAGGAAAAGUGUUCAAGCGGGAAGUGCGUUCCGUUGGGGAAGUAUUCCAGCUCUUCUCAGACUCCGUCCAAGAAUUCGGAGCCACAAUCCCCCAAGCGGACGCGGUUGUGAACGCCACCGGCAUCGGUUUGGGCGAUGAUGAGCUGGUUUUCCCCACCAGGGGCCAGACGUGUUUGGUGCAAGAGCCGUGCGAUGCGACGGUGACGAGACAGAAUGCGGAUGGGAGCUGGACGUUCUGUGUGCCGAGGGGGUUAUCCGGCACAAUUAUUGGCGGGACGAAGGAGCCGGACAAUUGGGAUCCGAAGCCGGAUCUGAAGGUGAGAGAGAGGUUGUUGAGGGCGUUUGAGGGGACGUAUCCGAAGAUAUUGGCGGAGGGGAAGACGCGGUUGACGCCGGUGAGGGAUAUCGUGGGGAGGAGGCCGACGAGGAAGGGGGGACUGAGGCUGGAGGGGGAGGCGGUGGAUGGGGCUGGGUUCGUGAUGCAUGCGUAUGGGUUGGGUGGGAGAGGGUAUGAGUUGUCUUGGGGUGUGGCGGAGGGUGUGGUUGAAGGUAUUAAGGGGUAUCUUGAGAAGGAGAGGGGCUCAAGGUUGUAGAUUUGUGAUUUCAUGUAUUAGCCAGCAGACGCCAUGAAACUGACCUUCACUUUGCCGACUUCUUGCUAAAAGGGCAUUUCUCUGCCAUAAUUAUUUUGUCUAUCGUUUGUUGACGUUCUAGGC